UUUUCAGUGCUCACUCUGCAUUUGUUUGUAUCCUCCUCCUUGCUGAGAUUAGAGGAAUACCUGUGUAGUGCUGCUUUAUUAUGAUUUCUGCUGAGCGUCAGAAUAGGUUCUGGUAUUUUUUUUAGGUGGACUGCCAGCUGCCGAUCUCGCUGUUGACAGUAAAAGCAGAUAUGUUCCUUGCUCGCUGCCAUUAGCACUGACCAUGACCCUUCACACCAAAACCUCUGGAGUUACCCUGCUGCACCAGAUUCAAGGCACUGAACUGGAGACACUGAGCAGACCUCAGCUGAAGAUUCCCCUGGAAAGAUCACUCAGCGACAUGUACGUGGAGAGCAACAAGCCAGGAGUUUUUAACUACCCAGAAGGAGCCACUUACGACUUUGGUACUACGGCUCCAGUGUACAGCUCUACUACUCUCAGUUAUGCCCCUACUUCUGAAUCUUUUGGGUCCAGCAGCCUGGCAGGAUUUCACUCACUGAACAAUGUCCCACCAAGCCCAGUGGUGUUCUUGCAAACGGCACCCCAGCUCUCACCCUUCAUCCAUCAUCACAGCCAACAGGUACCCUAUUACCUUGAAAACGAUCAGGGCAGUUUUGGGAUGAGGGAAGCUGCUCCUCCAGCCUUCUACAGGCCAAGCUCAGAUAACAGGCGCCACAGCAUCCGGGAGAGGAUGUCCAAUACCAACGAGAAAGGGACCAUGUCCAUGGAGUCCACCAAGGAGACACGGUACUGUGCUGUCUGCAACGACUACGCUUCAGGCUACCAUUAUGGGGUCUGGUCGUGUGAGGGCUGCAAAGCUUUUUUCAAAAGGAGUAUUCAAGGUAAUAAAUUGUUCAAGUGA